GGCAAGCAUCGCACGCGACUGACACCAGCUUUGCCUUUACCCCCAUCGCCUUCUUUUUUUCCCAUUCUCACAGCCCGCUGUGCUUCAACCAAAACAAUGGCCAUGUCAUGCAGAUAUGCGGCGCAGAGCUGCGCUCGCCAAUUGCGAUCCGUCGCCUCCUCCAGAGCCUCAGCGCAAAUGCUUCGAAUCUCUUCGACGACAAGACGUUACAACUCGACCGAGGCUGCCGCACCAGUCAACCCUAAGAUCGCCGAGAUUGUCGACCAAAUUAGCCAAUUGACCCUUCUUGAGACUGCUGACCUUGUCUCAACCCUCAAGAGCAAACUUAACAUCCCCGAUAUGCCUGUUGGAUUCGCCGCCGCUGCUGCUGCCCCUGCCGCUGCUGCUCCUUCUGCGGCCGCCGAAGAGGCUGAGGAUGCCCCCGCUGCUCCCGCCGAGAAGACACUAUUCACCCUCAAGCUCCAGGCUUUCGACGCCGCUUCCAAGGCCAAGGUCAUCAAGGAAGUCAAGGGUCUGUUGGGCCUGAGCUUGGUUGACAGCAAGAAGUUCGUUGAGAGCGCCCCCAAGAUGAUGAAGGAGAAUGUACCAAAGGAGGAUGCUGAGAAGAUCAUGGCCACCAUGAAGGAGCUCGGCGCAACUGUCGUCAUGGAGUAAAACAAAUACGCUUGCAUUAGGGGUUCUACAGGAAAUAGGAUAGAGGGUCAUGCGGCCUGUAUAAAACACAUGUACUAGUAUCUAAGAAUAUCAAGUCUUCUUUCACCUACACACCAUCCCAUUACCGACAGCCAAUCUGUACCAUUCCAUGCUAUACUCAACACCCACACCAAACAACUGUGGAAGAACUACAAGAAAUUGCAGAGACUUCUUUCCAAAUUCUCAGAGUUAAUAUUAUAACACGCUAAGUUUGAGUAGAAACAAUGAAGAAAAAAAGACGCCGGUCUACGCACUACUCAAGAAGAGACGCCUAAACUUUUACCCAUCAACCCCGUGCCUAAGCCAGAAAGUAAAAACGCCGCUGCGAUGCUAUAGAUGCCUCAAAGGAUACCCGAACAGAAGACUAAACAGCCGCCUGAGUCGACUGCCCGCCAUUAGCCAGCUGCUGAUGGUCACAUUUCUGCAUCUCCAUCUCGGUCAGGAACUCCUGACUCUCUUCAGUGAUAAGUCGGUCGUCAUCUUCGCCAAAAUCGCUCGUGUCUUCCCAGAGUUUAUUAGCUUCGGCAUCUCUGCCAGAUGGAAUAGCCCAGAUGCUUUCACGUUCGCGCUUGUGUCGUUCUCUAUCCUCUUCGAUGCGCUGCUCGAUCUGUCGCUUCUCUGGCCGUGCCGGUGCUGUUCGACGGCUUGGUUUCUGCGAUGGUGUCUUAUCUGAGAUUUCAGUGUCUUCUGCUGGAGAUGAUGGAUCCAAGUCCUGCUCGGUGGCGGCUCUCUCCUUUAUCACGUCUUCAAUCUGAGAAACGGUUUGCUCCUCCAAAUAGCCCUUCGCUUGCAUGCCAGCGAGCAC